AUGAAGGUCCUCUACGAGAGUGAGCUCAUGAAAAAUCAGAAACAGGCACAGCUGUUAUCUCCAUCUGGUUCAUUCCAAAUCAUUCAGACAUCUGCCGGAUAUGCCCUUUUCUUCUUCAUCGGUGCCGAUGGCGCAUUCUAUGCGGCUCGCGAGGCCCCUGCCACUGCUACGGGCUGGACCAGGCUGGAACUCUCGGUUUCUAUCGCAAGAGACCAUCCAGAUACCCCCAUCGUGGUCAAAUCAUUCGAACUAUGUCAAAACCCAAAGACUCUCCUGUUCGAUAUCGCCCUCGUCGUAACGAUCAAGGGGUCUGAUCAUCUCUAUAUGUCGCAAAGCAAUAGCAGCAGUGCCGACACCUGGAAUGGCGAUAUUCUGUGGCAAUCCCUCCCAUUCGACGCCGAAGGCGAGGAUACGCCCGACCAGUUGGUCAUUGCAGAUGUCUUUAUGAUGAACACUCCAGGUCCCAAUGGCAACGUUCAGAAUUACUUUGUUGACAUUCAACGGGCCCCGUUCAACUCUUUGCAACUACUGGAUCGCUACUACAUCACUCCGGAAUCCUUUUAUUGUUGGGCUCGCCAUGCUCUUGCCGUGGAACUCAGAGUUGGCUCUAUCAAGAGCUGCCCCGGUAACCGGCAUGGUGACCUGGUUCCCGGAAUAUACACUCUGGGGGCUGUAGGUGGACCCAUUGGGACAGAGAAGCCUGAUGCAGCUCCCCCAGAGAAGGUCCAACUGAUCUACACGCCUCAGAAGAACCCAUUCAACACAAAACUGGCCCCCAGCCCAUCAAGGCUCACACUUCCCGACGGAUGCACCAUUUCAUCCACGUGCAUCGCGUCUGUUCCCAACAGCCAGGGUGAGACGAUGCUUUUCUUGUCGGGCGUGGAUGGCCUAUAUCUCUUUGCUCCCAACAAUCAACACAAUGGAGCACUAGGCAAGAAGCUCGUUGGGCGGACCGAAACUUUUAGGAACGUCAAACGUCUUUCUGCCGUCACCCUGAACUCGACGACUACGAUUUGGGCCUUGAACGCCGUGGGUGAGAUGUUCUAUUUCUCUUGUGCUGCGGGUAAAGAGGAUCAGCCCGAAGCGUGGACUACCUCUUGCCCCAUCCUGGUGCAAGUCAAUCAUUUUUCAGGCUUUGUCAAUGUCGACAACGCAAGCAAUGUCGUCUUCGCACAGCAUCACGGCCAUAAUCUCGAGCAGCUCAUACAAGACCCAGCCACGAGCUCUUGGACUACACGUACCAUCCUGUUGCCGACGGAGGACACGGGAAAGGUGUUUGAAUAUCAGACUUCCACCACCCGCAUUAUCACCGCGGAUGACCUGGGCCGGGCUGCUCCUGACACUACUGUCACGAUCUCAUCAUCGACCUAUACAUCUUUCUUCGUCAACAAUGUCUAUUACACUCUAUCACCGAGCAAGCCUUUGACCUUUGUAUCCGAUGAGGUUGGGGAGAUCACUAUCGUCUUGGAAUCCGAUAGUUUGGUCAUUGCACCAUUCACCGUGGCAAUCCCAGGGACCGUAACGGAGGCAGUUACUGUGGACCCGCUCGUCAAGGCGAAAGCGAAGCUGCUCGAUAUCAAGGACGGAGACAGUCUGGCGAAAAUAGAAAUCACUCUUGAGGAUGGAACCAAAAAGUCUCUGUUGCCGUCGACCGUCUCCCCCAAACAGCGCACAGAGGCCGCGAAAACCCUCGUCCAGCUUGGCCAAGUCAGCCAGGAACUGGACCCCACGUCUGGAAAGAAGAAAAGAGGAGACCCCGGAGAACCACCUCAACUGGAUUUUGCUAUUGACUUUAGCGACCCCGAAUUUACCUACUAUGAAGGGCAGGAAAAAGUCAGUGAUCUGCUCAAUAACAAGCGGAAGAAACGAAGCGUCGAGGAUGUCGAGUUCUUUGGGGAUCUUGCCGACUCAAUCACAUCAAAGAUCGGUGAUUUACUCAGGGCAUUUUCGUACUACGCCGGCAAGGUUGGGCUGUUUGCUGUACAGCAGGUGAAGGGUGCCUAUGAGUUUGUUGUCCAGAUGGGCUCCAGCUUCUACCGUGCCGUGGUGGACACGGCGCAGGCGGUUGUGGGUGUCAUGCAACUCGUGUUCGAGAAGCUGAAAGUUGCUUUCAAUGACCUUGUCUCGUGGCUUGGUUUUAUCUUCGACUGGCAGGAUAUCUUGCGAACACAAGCCGCGAUCAAGGGCGUCUACAAACUCUGGGUGGCCCAUGUCCUCGGCUCCGUGGAUUCUCUCAAAACCACAGCCGACACCAUGCUGGACGGCCUUGCCGAUCGUAUUGCCAAUCUAGGCAACGUUAAGCCAGUCGGGCGCAGCACAACGGGCAUGCUGGACGAUCCCAAGUCUCAAAGCACUCAUUCUGGAAGUCCGCAAACCAACUGGGGCACGUAUCACUUCAAGAACGGCGCCGAUGUUGCAAAGGCGAAUUACACACCGUCGGCUAACAUUAGCAGCGAGUGUGACAGCCUGAUGGAUAAGCUCAAGGAGUCUGCAGAUCGCGAAGUGGACGAUGUCCAUGCCGCCAUUCAGACGUUCAAGAGCGAGGUCGCGGAUAACCUGUCAACUCUGGAUCCCGUGGACGCCAUCACCAAGACACUGGCUCUCUGCAGCGUUGUCCUGGUCAAGACUGCAAAGAAUAUUCUGCACGCCAUUCUGGAUAUUAUCCAGGCAAUUCUCAAGGCUGUACUCGAGAGUGUCGAUACUCCAAUCGAGAUUCCCGUAAUCACUUGGUUGUACGAAAAGGCGACUGGCAAGAAGGGGAUGUCCAUCCUGGAUCUAUUUUGUCUCAUUUGCGCCAUCCCAUCCACAAUCAUUUACAAGUUAGCGACCGGGCGUGCUCCAUGCCCAGACGAUAAGGUCGCUACGGAACUGCUGCGCCUGGAGAACUUGGUGAGCCUCAAGACAGAACUCGUGCCACGCAGUUUGGCGUCCGAUAACGACCCGACACGAACAACCAGAAUCACCGAUGAAGCAAAAGCAGAGCACAAAGGGAUGCCAGAGGAGACCAAAAACAUCAUCGUGUCCAUCGCUAAUAUCUGCACGUUGCCCGGCUGGGGGAUGGUCAUGUGGGUUACUCGGACGAGGCAGUCUGCAGUGAUGACCUGGACGAAAUCCGCCUUCGAAUUCCUAGCCGACAUCAUAUUUGACCUUCCUUGUUAUGCGUGGUCCAUCACAGAGAUGUUCGGCGACAAGAUGGACUGGCCGUAUCACUUGAACUUGGGCAUCUCCACGAUCAAUUUCAUUCUUCGAGCUAUCAAGACUCGAACACCGUCCAAGGUUAGAUGGGCAGUCCUCGACGCAAGUUUGGCGAUCGUCUUCCUUGUGGCAGAUAUAGGCUAUUUUGCGCGUCUGGACAAGUCUAUGACCAGUGACAAGUUUGCGCUUGCUGCCGAGGCGUUGGAGUCUACAUCGAUAUUCCUGGACGUGCUUGUGGCCGUGGCUGAUAGCUCAACGAAUCCCGGUGCAAAAGUCGUCGGCAAGAUAAUACUAGGGUUAGAAAUAGCCAGCCAGGUAGGGUAUGUUCUUUGCUCUAUUCAGACCGGUGUACGCACUGGUAGUGAAACCUGA